AUGCAAGAAUACAACAAUAAAGCUGCUGAAAUUAUAUUUCUUGAAAACAAUAAAGAUCGUCCAAUAACAGAACUUGAUUUACAUGGAUUGUUUGUGAAAGAAGCCGUUGAAAAAACUAAAUUACGUAUAGAACAAUGUGAACUAAAAGGUGUUAGUUAUUUAGUCAUAAUUGUUGGUAAAGGUAAACAUUCGAUAAACGGUAUCAGCAAACUACGGCCUGCCGUUCUUGAACUUAUUAAGAAACACAAUUUACGAUGUACACCAAAUAAGCCAACUGAUGGCUGUUUACAUGUAGAAAUUGGUAGUCCUGAUGGUGCUAGUCAAGAUCUCAAUUGGUUUCAGUCAUUAUUUGGUAUUAAGGAUAACAAUAGUUGUAUUAUAUGUUAA